UAUCACCGCUAUUGCUUCCGACAAGUACGAACUGUGGCCCGUUCGGAUUACAUGUACGAAAGUCGGUGACCCCGCAGAAAAAGAAGGUAUACCAUCCCGCUAUUGUAUCUAGUGUGCUCCUGCUAUGCCACCGGGUUGAAGAAACCCACUAGAUCUCAUGUUGCUCAACGCCUAUGAGUAAGCACCACGAAUACCAGCAAGCCACCCAUCAGAAACUCAGACGCUGUCCAACAAUGACCACCACUCCCACCGGUCUCCUCAAGCUCCCCCUCGAACUCCGCCAACAAAUCUACCACUACGUCCUCGUCCCAACCCUCCAAACCCGCACGAUUGCCAUAUCUAUCACCCUUCGAAACUACUCCUACAAACUACACGGCUUAGAACCAAUCCAAAGCCUCAUCUUCACCAACCGCCUCAUCUACCACGAAACCCUCCACUACUGCUUCGCGCACUUCAUCUUCCACCUCCACAAUGGCUUCUACUCCAUUCUGGACCUGAUGAGCCAAUUCUACCUGCGGAUCGGCAAACGAAUGCGGAAGCUGGUUCGGUAUAUUGUGAUCCCGCGGUUCAGCGUUGACGCGGUGUUUUUCCGAGAUGUGUACCAGUGUACGAGUGCUAAGAAUAGACCCGAGAAAUACAAGGAAUUGGUGGAGGAGAUGGAGAUGGCGUUUAGGAUGCUGAAACGCUUUAGGGAGCUGGAGGAGGUGCAGUUUGGGUUGUAUUUUCCGGAGGUGAGCAGGGAUAAGGGGAUUAGGCCUUGGGUUGGACGGGAUGAUGGGGAGCGGGAGCGGGAGCGGACGGGAACAGAGCAGGUGUGGGAUUCGUAUGUUAUGGGGGUUUUUGGGGAGGUGAAGUGUUUUCCGCCGAAAGGUAAGAUUGGGAUUUGGUGGGAACGUUUGCCAGAGGAUCUUUCUAGUACGGAAUCACUGCAGCUUCAGGAACAUGGUUUGCAGCAGUUGAGGGCAAAGGCUGCGCCUAUUCGAGUUGAACUCGUGGAAGCUCCAUCGUAAAUUAUUUGGACAAACCGCUACGAAAAACGAACGGAUUG